GUGGUGAGCAGCAUCUGAUUACACAGAGACGCCAGUAGGCAUCGGAGGGGGGAAGACACUUUACUAUCCACCAGCCAGAAACUGCCUUUCAUUCCCUGCUGGAGAAAAAGACGCACUUUACUUUUUAUUAUUAUUAUUAUUAUUAUUAUCUUUCUGUUUCUCUCGAGGAAUAAAAGUUUUUCAGUCGAGGAGAGGAAGAGAAACCACUGAACCGAUGAUUAUCUUGUGGCUGUGGAGAGGCUUGAGGUCGGAUCUUCUCGUCGUGUAAAUGGCUGAGGGGGGGCCGGCGGAGGAAACUUGCAGGAUGUCGCAGUUCGUGAAGGCAUAAAGGAGAAUUUACCGCUCUAUUUUAUUUUAUUUUUUUAUUUUUAAUACACCUCUGAGCGUUAAUCUGUCCGCCUGAGAGGAGAGAGAGAGAGAGAGGCUGCAGCUCCAGGUGGAUUUACCUUCUGGUGUGUUCCUCCAGUUUCGUCUCUAGCCGCCAUCAUUCCGUGCUGUAAGGCCGACCCCAACAUGUCUUCCAAUGGAGACCUCAGUGAGGUGGGGAGCUCUGACAGCUUCUGGGAGCCGGGAAACUACAAGAGGACGGUGAAGCGGGUAGACGACGGCCACCGGCUGUGUAACGAGCUGGUCAGCUGCUUCCAGGAGAGGGCGAAGAUAGAGAAGAGCUACGCUCUGCAGCUGAGCGACUGGGCCAAGAGGUGGAGAGGCGUCGUGGAGAAAGGGCCUCAGUAUGGUACGCUGGAGAAGGCGUGGCACGCCUUCAUGCAGGCAGCCGAUCGACUCAGCGAGCUGCAUCAGGAGCUGCGGGAGCGGCUGGCGGGAGAAGACAGCGAGAAAAUGCGCAACUGGCAGAAAGACGCCUUUCACAGGCAGAUGAUGGGAGGCUUCAGGGAGACGAAGGAGGCCGACGACGGCUUCCGCAAAGCCCAGAAACCCUGGGUCCGCAAACUGAAAGAGUUGGACUCCAGUAAGAAGAGCUACCAUCAGGCCAGGAAGGAGGAGUGGACGGCAGUUACCAGGGAAACGCACGCCAAGACUGACCCAUCCAAGUCUCAAGAGGAAGUCCGCAAGUACACGGUCCGGGUGGAGCGCUGCAGCCAGGAGGCCGAGAAAGCGAAAGAGCGUUACGAAAAAGCUCUGGAGGAGCUGAACCGCUGUAACCCCCGCUACAUGGAGGACAUGGAGCAGGUGUUCGACCUCACCCAGGAGGCCGAGCGUAAGAGGCUGCGUUUCUUUAAAGAAGUCCUGCUGGACAUCCACACACACCUCGACCUGUCCAGCAAAGAAGGGUUCAAAGACUUGUACCGGGACCUGGGUCAGACCAUCCGAGCAGCCAAUGACACUGAAGAUCUCAGAUGGUGGAGGAACACCCACGGACCGGGCAUGAGCAUGAACUGGCCGCAGUUUGAGGAGUGGACUCCGGAGGCGAGUCGCACCAUCAGCAGGAAGGAGCGAAUCGGACACUCCCAGGAGAACGUGGUCACCCUCACCAACAUCGUACCGUCGGGGGGAGAUGACGUCCCGCCCAGCCCCAUCACCCAGGACACCAGGGUGAAGAGCUAUUCAUCAGACUGGUCCGACGAGGAAAGUCCUAAGAAGGUGCCGGCCGUGAACGGCGUCGGGGAGCUGGAGGAUGAGGAGGAGCAGGUAGAGGGGGUGCCGGUUCGAGCGCUCUAUGAUUACUCGGGCCAGGAGGCCGAUGAGCUCAGCUUUAAAGCAGGAGAAGAGCUGUUGAAGCUGGGAGAGGAGGACGAGCAGGGCUGGUGUAAAGGUCAGCUGAGCAACGGCAAGGUCGGCCUCUACCCCGCCAACUACGUCCAGCUCGUUGCUUCCUGAUGGCCCGCCCUCUCUGGUCACCCAGCCAACGGUACAACUACACUCAAGAUGCCAGGACCAAUCAGAAGCUAUUAGCGCUGACAUGUAGACACGCUCUCUGUUUUGGGUUACUGACUGUAAAACUCGUCACUGAGUUUGUUUUUUGAUUUUUUUUUUUUUUUCUGUUUGAGCUCCCAUUUUGAAAAUCAUCCAGUGGAGAGUUCACUUGUUGUGAAAAGCUGUUUACUCAGCCUGAGGUCAAAGACAUUGUGGUUUGAAAAAGGCUUUACAGGCAGAGAUAAAUCUCUGGAGGCCUGCAAACAUUAACAGAAAGCAGACUGUAGAAAAAAACAUGGAAAUAUCUUCUGUGAUGUCACCCAUCGAUUUCUGAGGGGACGCGAUAUCGAACUCUGGAUGUUGGGUUUUCCACCGGCUGCCGUCAAUUUUUGGUUACAAGUCAGAAAAUCCACUUUUCAUCAAAGGAGGAAGAGCCUGGAGGGAGCUGAGGUGGACGACCACCACGGAUGACUGUGAUUGGCUGAAACACCUGUCAGUCAAUCAAAUGCACCCCCAAAACAUAGUGUCACAUUUUGGGAACAUACGCUUAUUCGUUUUCUUGCUGAGAGCUAAACAAGAAGAUUGAUUUCACUUUCAUGUCUGUGCAUUCAAUACAUCUAAUAACUGGUUAGCUUAGCUUAGCAUAAAGGCUGAAAACAAGGGGAAACAGCUAGCAUGGCUCUGUUUGAAGCUAACAAAAGAGGCUAAAGCUCAUUGAUUCACAUGUUAUAUCCUGAUGGUUUAAUCCAUACAAAAAACAAAGUGUAAAGUGGUUUUACAGAUGCUAAGCUAAGCUAACUUAGCUAGCUAGCUGCUCCAGCUUCGUAUUAAACGGACAAAUUUGAGAGUGGAAAGCGAAUAAGCCUAUUUCCUAAAAUGUUGAAAUUUUCCUUUAAGCCUUAGUAUUCUCAUUAUUACAAAUAAGUGAAAUAAACAUCUCAUGGGAAAAAACAAUAUUAAUUUAGCAUUUUAAUGAAGACGUUUUCAGUAGAUUUCAUCACAUUCUCGAGUUUUUUUGGGAGCCAGCAUGUAGUGGCCGUGAGAGGAACUGCAACCGGAGGCACUUCAUCACACUCUUCACCAUUUCUCAGUGGUCAAACGAGGUCACGUGACAUGAACGAACCCAUUGAAAGACUGUCAGUGCCUUUUAGAGAAUGAGGCCAGAAAUGUGUAGCGCCGCCCUGCUGUCUGACCGAGGAAUUACAGACGUCCACUGACGACCUCCAGUCUGAUCCCAGUAAACCUCCUGACAGUCACCUGGACUUUAAAAUGUUUUUCUUUUGUUCACGCAGCUCUUGAUUGGCUGUAAACCUUUCAUUUCCCCUCCCAGUUAUUUAGCUUUACAACAAAAUGCUUCAGUUAUUUUAUAGAUGUUGUAGGUGUGACACUGAAUUCACUUUUUCCUUUUUUUUUUUUUAAAGUGAUAGCUGUAUGUUUAUAUCAAGUCAGCUGAUUUUGAAUAUGGACGGUGUAAACUGUUGCUACCUGUUCCUUUUUGAAUUUUUUUUAAGAAUAGCAUUUUUACAGUCAACAUUUACUUUCUAAUUUCUUUUUUUUCUCCUCUUUUUAAUUUAGCGCUCGUUCUUUAUUUGAACUAGACUUCUGACUAAAGUGGGGGUUUGAUUUGGAUCAUUUAAUCUGUGGAAGGUGGCUUGUUGCUAGUUUGUUUUGCUGUGCAGAGAUCACGAAGCAUGUGCACCUCAAGUAAUCUAAAUCAAGUGUUUAUUUUUCAUCAGGUUGUGGGGUUUUCAAUGUUUUAAGUUUGUGGUUUGUUUUGUAAGGAAGCCUCCUUUUUCCCUGCUGAUCCGAGCAUCGCUACGGCUAACCCACAUAGAUGUCCAAAUAAUAAUGUUAGAGAAAUUAUAGCUACUACGCUGCUCCUUUGAUUCUUUUUUUUUUCUUUUCUUCCCAAAAAUUGUAACCUGUACAGUACAUUAAAGUUGUGGGGAGCAACAAUAAAGAGCUUUCUACCGUUGGAA